AGAGACAGAAUCACAGAGAGAGAGAGAGAGAGAGAGAGAGAGAGAGAGAGAGAGAGAGAGAGAGAGAGGGGAGAGAGAGGAGACAGAAAGAAAGCGAGGAGAACGAGCGAGCAGAGAGAGAGCAGGGAGAGAGGAGAGAGAGGAGAGAGAGAGCAGAGAGAGAGUGAGAGCAGAGAAAAGGAGAGAGACAGCAGAGAAAGAGAGGGGCACAGUUUGCUCCUGCAGCGCUGCAAGGACAGACUGCACUGACAGAGGAGGACACACACACAGCCCAGCCUGAAGAGAGACAUGUCUACAUAACAGGACCAUCAGCACACUAAUCAUUUCUGGACACUGACAGCAACACAGAACAUAAAUAGAUGCCAAAGACUAGCACCUCAAAACAACCUCACCCUCACAGAGAGGGAGGUCACAGUUUGAAGGUGGAACAGUUUGAAGACGGACACAGUAAAGGUGAAGGAAGACAUUUGUUCUGGAAGAGACCAACUAAAACAGGAGUGAUCAACGGUAUCAUCUCCUCUCAGCGAUCAAUCUCUUGGAAGUGAAAAGGAGAGACUUUACAGUACAGGGCAUUGGGCUGUGCUGCUCUGCCUUCAACACUCAUACCCUUCUGUGCUGCUACUGCUGUUCCAAACCAGGCUACAUCAGACAGUGGUACGCUGAAGGUAGCAGCUCUGCUCUACACUCUAGCUAGCUGUACUGCACUGACUGACUGGUUGACUGACUGACCAUGAGUGAGUCGAAGAAGGGUGAUCUGGCUAUCCGGGAUAAAGCCAUCCUGGGCCAGCAGAGGCGUCUGAAGCAGGCCACCCAGUUCACACACAAAGACUCAGCCGACCUGCUGCCCCUGGAUGGGCUCAAGAGACUGGGCACCUCCAAAGAUCUGCAGCCCCACAGCAUCGUGCAGCGCCGCCUCAUGGCGGGAAACAUCACACAGCUACGUGGCGAGGCCCGCGUGGGGAGACCCUCGCCCCUGGUCGACAGCAAGGAGGGGGGUGCCGGCGACGCAGAGGAGAAGAGCGAGAGCACGGCUGACGACUCCACGGAGGAGAGGGAUUCGCCAGAGGAGAGCGAGAGGAGCCUAGAGACGAGGUCGGACGAGGAGGAGGACAGCAGCGAGGCCGGGGGGAAGACAAGCAGCACGGCUGGGAACGAUAAAACAGAGGAGGGGAGGAAGGAGAGGCAGAGGACGGAGAGGCAUCUCACUACCCUGCUGGUCCAGUGCAAGUGCUGUGACACUGAGGUGAAGGCUUCCAUCAACACCGGGAGUCAACACAACCGCAUCUCCAGCUCCUGCUGCAGGAGGCUUGGAUUGGUUCCCACCCAGGAAGGUCCACCCUGUGAGCAGACAGAGGGCCAGGGCUCUGUGAGGGGCCUACAGCUGCAGCUGGGCAGACAGAGUGUCCAGUGCUCUGCCCACGUCACCGAGGAUGAGGUGUUUGAGCUGUGCCUGGGUCUUCAGACUCUGCAGGAAAUCAAAUGCUGUGUGGACCUGAGCAGUAGAGUCCUAAAGCUCCAGGGCUCAGGGGAGGAGCUGCCUUUCCUGGAGCCGCCAUUGGUCAGCCAGUGCCAUCACCAAGACAGCAAUGAGAACAUGUGACCCUGGCGGGUCACAACCUCCCAGCCGUCCCACACCCUCCUCUGAUUGGCUGGCGCUGUAAAAACAUGAUGCAGUCUGGGUCUGGACUGUCCAACCAGUGUUUCGCACUGCCAGCAGCAUGGUUGAGCACCCCAAUUCUCUUCAGUUUACACCAUUGUGUUUGUUUCUGUGGAAUUAAGACAUUACCAUGAUGUUACUGCUGUAUUGAAUUAGCCUAGAUUAUGGAGUGGAUGGAGCUCAAGGAUUGGGACGAUUCUAUGUAACAAUAUUCAUAAUUAUGUACUUAAUCAAGGUGUUUUUUUUAUCUGCCAGACAGUGCAUCAUUGUUCAAUACACUCUUGGAAAAAAAGGAAUCCAAAAGCUUUCUUUGGCUGUCCCCAUAGGAGAACCCCUUCUGGUUCCAUGUAGAAUCCUCUUUGUAAAGAGUUCUACAUUGAUCUCAAAAGGGUUCUACCUGGAACCAAAAAGGGUUCUUCAAAAAGUUAUCCUAUGGGGACAGCCGAAGAACACUUUUAGGUUCUAGAUAGCACCUUUUUUUCUAAGAGUGUACUGAAACAUACUGAGGAGUCAGACGAUAAUUAUCCUUUGAAAAUGAACAUAUUGUGAUUUGGAAGUAUGAAAUCAUUUACGUUGAUCAUCAAUUAAAUGCCAAAACUGUUUAAAAUCAAAAUCAGUUCAGCCUUGAGGGAAAAAAUGAUAUCUCCCUCACAUCCCUUUACAGAGAGAUAGUCUUCUAGAUGUCCUCUCACACGUGGUCAAGAGAAACAAAAAACAGGUCUUAUGAAACCUUUGAAUCUGCCUGUUAAAAAAAUCUAAUUGAGAGUCAGGACAGACAGGGAAUUCUGGAAGAGAUGUGAGGAGACUACUGCUAUUCCUGAACUAACUGCCUUCAGCCAAGUGAAGACUCUCUCUCUCUCAUCUAUUUUCCCAAAUGAAGAGUGCUCCUAAGAAUGUCACAAUGACCCCCAUCAAAACUAAUUCUCAAUAAUUCCACUUAAAUGUCAAGAGUCCUAGAGCUAGUUGUGUGUGUCAGACGGACAGCACAACAAAAAUAUCCAAACAGUCCAUAAUUCCGCAUUAUUUUUUUGUCAAAGUCUGGAUGUUAGUGUUCCUGUGAGAGUGUGAGUUCUAUUUACUCCUCCUCCUCCUCCCAGCUCCUCCUCCUCCUCCCAGCUCCGGUCAGAGGGAGUUGGCAAGACGGAGCCGACCCCAGCUGCCUUCCUUCCCUCGUCUUCUUCAGGGGACAUUAAUCACUCUGCUCUGAGGCUGCUCUCUGGGUCAAGGCCCUCAUAGAUGUUUGUUUAAGCAUAUUCUCUCUCUCCCUCUUAAUUUUUGAAGUUCGGGAAACAAAUCUGCUUGGUACAUUUUUCCUCUUCUCGUUCGUUCCACUUUUGCUGACGUACGUUAUUCACUUUGACAAGCCUUGUUUGCUGAUUUGGUAUUUUACUAGGACCGGCGCAGCGGCACAGAAUCAUCAUCAGGCCCCUGCUUGUUGCCUGACUGACAGUUUCACACUACAGGGUCGACUACAGGGCCGAAACGUACUGUGCUGGCUUGAAUAUUGUAUUUUCUCAUUAUCCUUUGCAGCACGGUUCCAGCUACUAUGGUGGAGUCGUAACGAGGCCAACCCAGUACUGUACAGCUCGGCUUAGUUCAGUUUGACCCUAUGGUGUGAAUCAGGCAUGUGAGAGAGCCAAAAGGCCACACUAUAAUCUUCCCAUUAACAUGAAUUACACACUGCCUUGAUCCAUUCGCAUUGUUUGGACAAUCGAGAAGCGCUUCAGACGCACUCAGAAAGGUCUUCAUACUCUGCUUUUACCAUCUGGACCUGUAUUCAAAGAGUCUCUGAGUGUGGGGUUUCCACUAGAUAGCACAGCCACAAAGUCAAAAGUGGCUAUAUAUCAAAAAAAAAAAAUACAUGAAAACAAAAAUGAGCUUGUUGGUCUUAAUUCAAGGUUAGGCAUAAGUUUUGCAGUGUGGUUACGGUUAGGUUUAAAAUCAGAUUUUUGGAAGAGACGUAGAAAUAGGCUGGGUUUAAGACUUUGUGGCUGUGGUAACUAGUGACUACCCUGGGUAGGUGCUGAUAUCGGAACAGUCAUGCCUUUCAGAGCAUAAUGGAUAAGAUUACAUGGACCUGAUCCUAGGUCAGCACUUCUACUCAGACUUUUUGUGAAGAAGAGCCCUGGACAGUGCCAUGCUCUCGACUGUGUAACAAUAUCCAUCUGACCUCUAGCUCUUUCUUUGGAGGUCACCCACUAAUAGAUUGCUAAUGUUUCGUACUCAUGUACUUCUUAAUAUGCUGUGCGAUGGUAAUCGAUGUAUGAAAUACAUUUAUUUUUUGUGUUUUUUCUGAACAGUAUUUUCUCUGCCUAUUAAAAUAUGUAUUCUGGCUAGCUA